UCGGAAUGAACCGAAGGGGUCGGGUUUGCGCGCAUGCUCAGUGCGGUUGGCGGGAGGAGCGGCGGCGGCGGCGGCGGCGGCGAUGCCUCGGGAAAUUAUAACGCUGCAGCUGGGCCAGUGCGGCAACCAGAUUGGUUUUGAAUUCUGGAAGCAGCUUUGCGCAGAACAUGGCAUUAGCCCGGAAGGUAUCGUGGAAGAGUUUGCCACUGAGGGGACUGACAGGAAAGAUGUUUUCUUCUAUCAGGCAGACGACGAGCAUUACAUUCCCAGAGCUGUGCUGUUGGACCUGGAGCCUCGUGUGAUUCAUUCUAUCCUGAAUUCUCCUUACGCCAAUCUGUACAAUCCGGAGAACAUCUACCUGUCUGAGCACGGCGGGGGCGCCGGGAACAACUGGGCCAGCGGCUACUCACAGGGUGAGAAAAUCCACGAGGAUAUUUUUGAUAUUAUCGACCGAGAGGCUGAUGGGAGCGACAGUUUGGAGGGCUUUGUGCUGUGUCACUCGAUCGCUGGCGGAACAGGUUCUGGUUUGGGUUCCUACCUCCUCGAGAAGUUAAAUGACCGGUACCCAAAGAAGCUGGUUCAGACCUACUCUGUAUUCCCCAAUCAGGAUGAGAUGAGCGACGUUGUGGUGCAGCCAUAUAACUCUCUAUUGACACUGAAGAGACUGACUCAGAAUGCAGACUGUGUGGUUGUUCUUGACAACACAGCUCUCAACCGGAUUGCAACAGACAGGCUUCACAUUCAAAACCCUUCCUUCUCCCAGAUCAAUCAGCUGGUAUCCACCAUCAUGUCUGCAAGUACCACCACUCUGCGUUACCCCGGAUACAUGAACAACGAUCUGAUCGGCCUCAUUGCUUCGCUCAUUCCCACUCCGAGGCUACACUUCCUUAUGACUGGCUACACUCCGCUGACCACGGAUCAGUCGGUGGCAAGCGUGCGGAAAACAACCGUCCUGGAUGUCAUGCGGAGGCUGCUCCAACCGAAGAACGUGAUGGUGUCCACCGGCAGAGACAGACAAACCAACCACUGUUACAUCGCCAUUCUCAACAUUAUCCAGGGGGAGGUGGACCCCACUCAGGUCCACAAGAGUCUGCAAAGAAUACGAGAAAGGAAAUUGGCCAACUUCAUCCCCUGGGGGCCGGCCAGCAUUCAGGUGGCGUUGUCACGCAAGUCCCCGUACCUGCCUUCGGCACACCGCGUCAGUGGUCUCAUGAUGGCCAAUCACACCAGCAUCUCAUCGUUAUUUGAGAGAACCAGCAGGCAGUAUGACAAGCUCCGAAAGAGAGAGGCAUUCCUGGAGCAGUUUCGCAAAGAGGACAUAUUCAAGGAGAACUUUGCCGAGCUGGAUGACUCCCGGGAGAUUGUCCAGCAGCUGAUUGAUGAAUAUCAUGCAGCUACCCGCCCUGACUACAUCUCCUGGGGUACGCAGGAGCACUGACCGCUGCGUGCCGAUUCCGCCCGCUCUGUGUGCUGAGGAGUCGUCUCUGUGCCUGUAUUUACGUUUCUGUAAUCCUUUGUGUGUGAGACACUAACCGGAGGUGAGGAAGUGUGUUAAAUCCCAAAGGCAAGCUGACGUAGGCCUGAAUACCACGGUCCCAUUCUGUUCCAAGACAUGUUCUGAGGAAGGUUUUGGGCGAAAGCUGGCGAUGAGGCAUUGGCCAUAAGGGUUUCGUUGUUUCUGUAUCUGACUGUGACGGUGACUCACCGUGACACCGUUCUGCACUCCUGAUGAGGAAUGAGAGUUUGCAUGCGUAGUGAGUCAGUGGGUGGGUGGGUGGGGGUGUGUGUGUGUGUGUGGCAGCAUCCCGACAACCCUGGAAAAUCUUCCACAAGCGACUCACGGUAAAUAAAGCAUUUUGGCAAAAGGUCUGCAACUUGAAUCCCUUUGUGGGAAUUCCUACUUCUGAUUGAUUGGAUAGACAGUUUCAUUUUAAAAUGGAUCAAUUCAUUUUUGGCCAAGCAGUGGCAUCCACUGUCUGCUUGCGGCUGUCUGGAAACUCGAUCUAGAUCAGGGUCGGUCCAGGGGCCCCCCCCCCUUGCUUAUUGGUAUUGCUCCAUGGCAUAAGAAAGGUUUGGAACCCCUGGGGUAGAUGUUUCUUCAGGAACGUGUGUUCGAACUCUGCUCGCGUUGGCUCGUGAUUACAGCCUCUUCGGUUUCUGCCUUGUCCCGGUAAAACAAAGGCAAUCUUGAAAAGAUUGAAAGAGGUUUUGUUUACGUGUAGGAGGGGCUGGGGAAGUGGCCUGGUGUUGAUUGAGCGUACCUGUAUGACUCUGGCGAAUAAAGGACUUCCUCUGCACA